AUGUCGCUCUUUACUAAGAAGGACCUAGGGCUGCUGCUGCCGGAUGAUACUCCAGGAGAUCCGGUGUCUCUUCGCCACACUAAUAACAAAGAAGAGACGGAAGUGUUUAAGCCACUGAAGCCCCAGGUGGACCCAUCCAAGAAAGUGACACGGUAUCGAGCAGGUCAGGUGCCAAAGUUUGCACAUGGAUAUGAAGAUGAUCGUGGUUUCGUAACGGCAAGUAGCCAAGUACGGGUGUUGCCCAAGGCCGAAGCACAGCGCAAGACGGAUCAAGUGAUCAGUACUGGACGAAAACGCGUGGAGGCGCAAGUUGUGAGCUCUUUUGCACAUGUAGCAAAAAACAGGAGCGGUCAAAUAGAAAAAAGACUUGCACCUUCUAGUGACGAUGAGGAUUCGAGUGAAGAGGACGUAGCUAAGGCGCUGCAAGAUUCCAGCUCGGAUGAAGCAGAUGAUUCCGAUAUUGACCGUCGUCGCCGUUUGCUACGCAGUAAAGCAAAGGCACGCGAAGCUCAGAGUGAAGAGAACGACAAGUCUAGACGAUUGGUAGUGGAGCCUCUAAUUAUGAAGCAGAGUCCAGUGGCAGCUCCGUUACCUAUGGUCAGAAACGAAAAGUCCGAGUCUAGUAGCAGUUCUAGCUCUGAGUAUGAGACUGAUACAGAUGAUUCGGAACCUGGUGAAGAGUUCAUGAAGCCAGUUUUUGUACCUAAGAGAGCUCGUGGUACGAUAAAACGCCAGGAAGAACUUGCAGCAGAAGAAGAACGACGCGAGAAGCGAGAGCAGGAAAAACUGGAGAUACGAAAAAUGGAGUCGCGUCGUUUGGUUGCUGAAGACACUCAGCGCGAGCAAAACGGCGCCAAUAAGGGUGACGAUACUGAUGUAGAGAUGCCUGACGAUACGGAUGGUCUAGAUCCGGUGCAAGAGUACCGCGAUUGGGAACUGCGCGAAAUGCGUCGAAUUAAACGCGACCGAGACCGGAAGGAGCAGCGAGUAAAGGAGGAAGAAGAAGCAUUGAGGAGGCGAAACAUGACACAGGAAGAGCGUACUGCAGAGGACGCCAAAUUGAAAAAGAAUGAGCCCAAGCAGAAGCAGAAGCUUAAGUUCAUGCAAAAAUACUACCACAAAGGUGCAUUUUACGUGGAUGACGACAGCGUUGGCUCGAAGAAUGACGUGCGCAAGCGAGAUGCCACCGAGGCUACGCUAGAGGACAAGUUCAACAAGGAGAUGCUCCCAACUGUGAUGCAGGUCAAAAACUUUGGACGUGCUGGCCGCACGAAGUACACGCAUCUGGCAGACCAAGACACGUCCAGUCGGGACUCGCUGUGGGCCCGCGAUGACGGCAUCCGUGAAAAAUACAAGAGCCGCCUUGGUGGCAUGAAGGAUAUCGAUGGAUCGACGAAGCGACGGAGAAAAGAGUAA